UUCCGGCACGGGAAACUCCUCGCUGCCGCUCCGGCUGGCUUGACAGGCGCGGUCUCGGCUGGUAGCUCUCUCUCCUUUCGCCUUCCGCCCUCCGCCCGUCCACCCUCCCAGCUCUUUUGCCGCUGCCGUCCCACAGCUCCUGUCCCUGAAGGCGCCCCUUCCCCAUGUUCCGGGGCGGGAGUCCUGAAAGCGAAGACCCGCUCGCCGGUACCCCAUCAUGUCCGAACUGACUAAAGAGCUGAUGGAGCUGGUGUGGGGCACCAAGAGCAGCCCCGGUCUCUCUGACACCAUCUUCUGCCGCUGGACACAAGGGUUUGUGUUUAGUGAAUCAGAGGGAUCUGCAUUAGAACAGUUUGAAGGUGGCCCCUGUGCUGUUAUUGCACCUGUUCAGGCCUUUCUUUUGAAGAAGCUCCUGUUUUCUUCUGAGAAGUCUUCUUGGAGGGAUUGCCCAGAGGAAGAGCGGAAGGAACUCCUUUGUCAUACCUUAUGUGAUAUUUUAGAAAGUGCCUGUUGUGACAACUCUGGAGCAUUCUGCCUGGUUUCCUGGUUAAGAGGAAAGACAACUGAGGAGCAGACUGCGGGCAUUUCUGGGAGUCCUGCAGAAUCUAGUUGCCAAGUGGAGCAUUCUGCUGCCUUGGCUGUCGAAGAGCUUGGCUUUGAGCGAUUUCAUGCAUUAAUUCAAAAAAGAUCAUUCAGAAGUUUACCUGAAUUAAAGGAUGCUGUCCUGGACCAGUAUUCAAUGUGGGGAAACAAAUUUGGAGUAUUGCUUUUUUUGUAUUCUGUGUUACUGACAAAGGGCAUUGAAAACAUAAAAAAUGAAAUUGAAGAUUCAAAUGAACCUUUGAUAGAUCCUGUAUAUGGACAUGGCAGCCAAAGUUUAAUUAACCUCCUACUGACUGGACAUGCUGUUUCUAAUGUAUGGGAUGGUGAUAGAGAAUGCUCAGGAAUGAAACUUCUUGGUAUACAUGAACAAGCAGCAGUAGGAUUCUUAACAUUAAUGGAAGCUUUAAGAUACUGUAAGGUUGGUUCUUACUUGAAAUCUCCAAAAUUCCCUAUUUGGAUUGUUGGCAGUGAAACUCACCUCACCGUAUUUUUUGCCAAGGACAUGGCUUUAGUUGCUCCUGAGGCACCUUCAGAACAAGCCAGGAGAGUUUUUCAAACCUAUGAUCCAGAAGAUAAUGGAUUCAUACCUGAAUCACUUCUAGAAGAUGUGAUGAAAGCAUUGGACCUCGUUUCAGAUCCUGAAUAUAUAAAUCUCAUGAAGAAUAAAUUAGAUCCAGAAGGAUUAGGAAUCAUAUUAUUGGGUCCAUUCCUCCAAGAAUUUUUUCCUGAUCAGGGUUCCAGUGGUCCAGAGUCGUUUACUGUCUAUCACUACAAUGGAUUGAAGCAGUCAAAUUAUAAUGAAAAGGUCAUGUAUGUUGAAGGGACUGCAGUGGUUAUGGGUUUUGAAGAUCCCAUGCUACAGACAGAUGACACUCCUAUUAAACGCUGUCUCCAAACCAAAUGGCCAUACAUUGAGUUACUGUGGACCACAGAUCGCUCUCCUUCACUGAACUAACUUGCCUACGGAUGUAGAAGAAAGUUCGUAAUAGCAGAUGUUGAAAGAGGGAUGCAGGACAGGCGGUUGGCUACAUUAAGCUAUACACUGGUAUCAUCAACUGUAAAUAACAAUUAAAAACACAUUUUCAGUGUUUAAGAUAGUUUAAAUUAUUUGUUUUAAAGCUUUAUGUUAAAGGUUACCCUAUUUUAACUCUUUAUGUGAAAUUUACUAGCAAAAUUAAGCUUUAAUCAAAGUUCAUCACUUUUACAGUCGGAUAAUUGGUCAUUUAUCAAAUUAAAAACAUCCUAAUACUAUAUAGUAUUUGUAUAUUGAGCAGAGUUACUCUUUAUAAACUUCUACUUUGGGUUUUUAUUUCAUUCAGACACAGUUUAUUAUUUCAGUGAUCCUGGCUUGCACUCUUUCAGCCUCCACAUGGAAAGGCAGAAGAGUUCAAUCAUUUCUUUUCUAAAAUCUGGUUUCCAUUAGAAAUACCUAUAAAUAACAAAUUAUCAACCUGGAUUCUUUGCCAAUUGGCUUAGCUCUGGCAUGUUUAUAAAAAGUAGAAACUAUAAGGAAACAUUACCAUUUAUUCACUGAUAUAUAGAGAACAUAUUUCAAAAAAAUGAUAGGUAAGAGAAUCUGUUUGAUAGUCUUAACACUGUUAACUGUAUUGCCAAAUACACUUUUCCAAAUUUGUCCCAGCAGCCUGUAAGCCAGCUUUCUUGUAUAUUUAUGUGAUAAAUGCAUGAGAACAUCUGUUAUUACAUUAGUAUAUUGCAUUAUUUAUUAUUAUCCUGGUGGAUGGUCUAAAUAAACACUUUUUUUAACUGUAGCUUUGCAUUUCUUACAUUAGCUACUCAGAAGAAACUAAUACUUCACAGUGUUUCUGCCCAGCAGAAAGUUCUUGAGCUUUCUAUGAUGUACUCAACAACAAAUGCCUUGAAAAGUGAGACCAAACCAUAUGCUGACCUAAGAGCUCUAUAACUUAGCCAGCCCGGAGUGCUAGAACCUGAGUAGACAAAGCUUCAGAAGACCUAUCCUGUCUAGAGAAAUUUACUUCAGGUUUGUUGCCUAGCAAUUUGAAAUGUGAAUAGCCAGAAAUUGUUUCUUUCCUUCACUUGGGAAGUAUUUGUCAAGAGAACUAAAUUUUAUCUUCACUGUUUAGCUGAAGGUGUAUUUCCUCUGUGAAUUUACUUGGGGUUUUAUUUAAUUGUCAUAGAUGUUAACUAUUCUAAUAUAAGUAGACUUUAGCAUAAGAAAAAAGUGGCACACGAUUUUAUGUAUGACUUUUGGUGAUAUUAUGUUCAGGACUGUGAUUCUAGCUACUAAAAUUACAGCUGUUCAAUGUCUUUUUGGCUGUUGUUAAUCUUGGCUACUUCCAAAUGUAUAUAAAACAAACUCGGGUCCUAAAUUCCAUAGGAUUAUGAAAAAGCACAGAUUUUCUCAGAAACAUGGAGCCUCCAAAAUAGCGUAUACGUUUUACUAUUGCUACCUAACCAACCAUCCCCAAACUUCAUGUCAUUGAACAAUCAUUUUACAAAUUUUGGGUCUGAACAGUUUAAACAGCACAGAGGAGAGAGCUUGUCUCCUUCUCAAUCUACAGGUGCAGCUGGGAGAUUGGAAGGGUCUUUCCUCACAUGACUGGAAAAAAAAACUGUGGAUCCGUUUUCUUUAUACAUGCCUGUGGGACGCUUACCAAGAUAGACGAUAUGCUGACCAUAAAGCAGUCAAGAAAAAUCUCUAAAACUUUGGAAAUUAAGCAGUACACUUCUGAAUAACCCAAGGGUCAAACUUAUAGAUGUAACUAAAGCAAUGCUUGGACAUGAACAGCUGUAAAUACAUUAGAAAAGUAGAAGGCUUGGAAAUUGGAAAGGUAAACCCAAAGUACACCAAAGAAAGUAAACAAGAUUUUUCGAAAAGGGUAUUCGCAUGCAAAGGAACGAAUUUGUACUCCUACCUCACACUAUGUGCAAAAAAUAAAAUCAUCAGAAGUCUAAUUGUAAAGCUAAAAACUAUAAAAUUCCCAGAAGGAACAGGAAUAAGUCUUGGUGACCUUGACCUCAAAGCAAUGGUUUCUUAAAAUACCAAAUAAAAAACAGGUAUUUUUAAACGGGCAAAUGAUUUGAAGAGACGUAUCUCCAAGGAUGAUACAUAGAUGCCCAUACAGCCAUACUGUAAACACAUUAAAAGAUUCUCAACGUAAUUAGUCAUAAGGAAAAUCAAAACCACAAAUUACCAUUUCACACGCAGUACAAUAUGUAAAAUCAAAGAGAUAAUAAAAAGUCUUGGCAAAGAUGUAGAGAAAGUGGGUCCCUUGUGGGUGGGGAUAUGAAUGAUGAAAUCACUUUAAAAAUAUAAGUUCUACAGUUUCUCAAAAAGCUAAAUACAGAGUUAGCAUAUGAUUCGGCAAUUCAAUCCUAGCUACAUAUAUUUACACAAAAACUUUUACGUAGGUAUUCAUAGUGAUGUUAUUCAUACUAGCCAAAAUUGGCAAUAGCCUAAAUGUCCUUCAAAUAAUGGAAGGAUAAAUAAAUGUAUUAUGUACAUACAAUUAUUAUUUGACAAUACAAAAGAAUUACUAACACAUGCUACAACAUAGAUGAACCUUGAAAAUAUUAAAAUAAGUUAAAGAAGACUGUCACAAAUGACCACAUAUAUGAUUCCAUUUAUGUGAAAUGUCCAGAAUGGGCAAGCCAUGGAGAGAGAAAGGGGAUUACCAGUCACCAGCGGUUGAGGAUAAAUGGAGUAGGGAAACAAGUGGAGAAAAACUGCUAAUGGAGUUUCUUUUGGGGAUGAUAAGUGGGAUAGAUAGUGGUAAGGUUAUGUAAUUGUGAAUAUACUAAAAAAUACUGAACUGUGAUAAAGACGAAAGGAGAAAAUUGAAAUAGCACAUCUAGAACAAGAAAAAAACAAAUCUAGACGUUGGCUCACUAACAAAAACUGAUAAAAUUGUAAACCUAGCAAGACUGAUGAAGAAAAAAUGAAAAAUAAAUUAAGAUUAGAAUGAAAAAGCAAACGUAACUAUAAAUUCUCUAGGUGGUAAACUGAAGGGUAUUAUGAAGCACGUUACACCAAUAAUUUCAAAAAUUUAGAUGAAAUGGGCUAAUUUGAAAAAGCAGAACUGACAUGAGAAGAAAACUUCACAUCCAUGAAAGGAGUUUAAUCAGUAUGUUAAAGCUGUCUCUCAAAGCAAACUAUUGGCCUAGAGGACUUCACUAGUAAUGCUUCCAAACAUUGAGAAAAAGAACAAUACAGAUUGUAGACAAGUACUCCUGGGAAAUAGACAAAAGAGUAACUAUUGGUUUUAUGAAGCCAAAAUGACCCUGAGAGGACCCCAGAACCUGAAAAAGACAUCACAAGAAAGACUACAACCAAAUAUUUUCCAUGAUCAUGGACA